CCUAGGAAAAAAAGAAAAUCUUGCGUCAAGCGUAAACAUGAAGAUACAAUCAACCAGCCAGCCAUAGUAGCACGGGUGAAGUGGAGAAGCGUUACUAUCACAGACCAAAAAUGCAGUCUGUGGUAAAACAAAACCUCCAUUCGGAGUGCGAAGGAGACAUCAACAAGCUCAUCAACCUGAAGCUCAAUGCAUCCUACACCUACCUUGCUCUGGGGAUGUAUUUUGACAGGGAUAAUGUUGCCUUGCCAAAAUUCUCCAGUUUUUUCCUGGAGCGUUCAGUGAAGGAGAGAGAGCAGACUGAGAAGCUGCUGGAAUAUCAGAACAUGAGAGGAGGCCGAAUUUUGCUUCAGACUAUUGCUAAACCAAGUAGAGAGGAUUGGAGAGGUGGACUGGAUGCAAUGUCGUUUUCCCUGGACUACCAGAAGUCCUUAAACACAUGUAUCCUUGAUGUGCACCGCAGAGCUGGCAGCCACUCUGACCCUCAUCUGUGUGACUUCCUUGAGCAGAACUUCCUCAUCGACAGCCACGACACCAUCAAGAAGCUGGGCGAUUACGUCGGCAGUCUGACCCGCAUCACUGCGUCAGAGACCCAGGGUCCAAUGGGAGAAUACCUCUUUGAUAAACACACUCUGUAAACGUUACAGCAGUACAGUGAAUAAGCUCCACAUUUCAAUAGAAUAAGCUCCACAUUUCAAUAGAUCCAUAGAGUCAAAGAGGGCAUCAGCCCCUCCCUUAAGGAAAACUAUACAAUAUUUUCACAGAUUAUCCCAAACUUCAUUCUUGUACCAAUGGCACAAGAGAAGUACAAAAAAGAAAAAAAAAAACAAAACAAAACAAAACAGAAAAUACCUCACUUGUUCUUGUAUACCACAUUGGAAAAAAGUGUUCUCACAACUAUGGUGCUAAAAAUGACAAUUUUCCUACUCCGUUAAAAUGAAUCACUUGUUCAUUUAGACUCCGUUGUAUCAUGUGUCAUGCAUUCCAGUGUAUCAGAGGUUUUGACCAUCACAAAAACUUUAUUAAAAUGUGUACUAUUUUGAGCCCAAAAAAAAGAUUUAAAAAAGUUUAAAUAUCAUGGAAACAUUGAAUAAAGUCAAAUUAUGCUAACA